CUGAGAGUCAAUUGGUUCAAAAUCCCAAGCAAACUGCAUUGUAGCCGCAUUCCGAAUCUCAAGGUCUAUUUUUGGGCCGCAGACAUGAUUUGACAUCUGCCGUCGCCGCCGCCACCACUCAGCAACCCAUGUUUUCAUGCUCCUCAUCCAUUGCGAUUCUGCUGCUCAGCUGUCAAUCGUCACUCUUUUCCCGCAGCGGGGUGGCUGGGCGUUGCUCGCCAAGCAAAGAUGGGAAAGGACGGGAAUGGGAGGGAAACGGACAGGCCUGGUCGGAGCCCCGGAGAGAACGAGGGGCAGGUCCAGCCUCCAGCCUCCCGCUGACACCAAAGGCCCGUCGGACGGCGGUAGGCAGAUGCAGAGUAGAGCACCUUAAAAGUGACCAGUGUGUGAGGUGCCGUGUCUGUGUGUGUGUGUGUGUGACCGCCCAGUGAGUGAGAGAAAGAGACAGACCCUUGGGACUCGCUGGGGGUGGGUGAGACCAUCCGUCCGUCCCCUACCUUGCUGCUACAGAGAAGAACAUGCGUCCCAGUCUUUUACUGUUCCCGGCCGACGUCGUGGGAAUUGAA